UUCAAACAUGGACAUGGAUGUUGAAUUAGGAGACCAUGUGGAGGACAACAAACAUAAGAAUGUUGUUGUUGGGUGGAGGAACAUCAUUCUUGCAUACAAAACACUUGGUGUUGUGUUUGGUGGUCUGGCCACAUCUCCUUUGUAUGUAUUCAAUGCAUUGAACUUCAAAGCUCCCACUGAAGAUGACUUCCUGGGGAUCUUCAGUAUUAUGUUUUGGACACUAACUAUGAUUGGAUUUGUCAAGUAUGUCUGUAUUGCUCUUAACGCUGAUGACAAUGGUGAAGGGGGAACAUUUGCUCUGUACUCAUUGCUUUGCAAGAAUGCAAAUAUUGGUAUUCUUAAACCGAAAAACACUGAUUCGAAAACACUGCCAGACAACUCUCGGAACAUUGAGUCGAAAAGUUGGCUACAAACAUUCAUUGAGGAAAAUCUGAUUUUUCAAAGAGUAUUGCUUUUUAUUGCAAUCUUAGGAAUGUGCAUGCUCAUUGGUGAUGGCAUCCUCACACCUGCAAUUUCAGUGUUAUCAGCAGUUGAUGGACUCAGAGGACCUUUACCUUCAGUUAGUAAAUCUGCUGUGGAAGGGUUGUCUGCCGGAAUUUUAAUCGCGUUGUUUAUGUUGCAAAAAUAUGGUACUUCUAAAGUGAGUUUCCUCUUUUCACCGAUCAUGGCGGCAUGGACUCUCUCCACUCCGAUGGUAGGUGUUUACAGCUUUUGCCGAUACAAUCCAACCGUGUUCAAAGCAAUGUCACCACAUUAUAUUGUUGAUUUCUUCAUACGAAAUGGAAAAACAGGGUGGCAUUUGCUUGGUGGCACUGUCCUUGUGAUUACAGGUGCAGAGGCAAUGUUUGCAGAUCUUGGCCAUUUUAAUAAGCGAGCAAUUCAGAUAGCUUUCCUUUGUGGUGUGUAUCCUUCACUGGUCCUAACAUAUGCAGGACAAACAGCUUAUCUGAUGAAACACCUCAAUGACUACACUGAUGGAUUUUACAAGUUCAUACCAACUCCGGUCUAUUGGCCAAUGUUCAUAAUUGCAACACUUACAGCGAUCGUUGCUAGUCAAUCAUUGAUUUCUGCCGCAUUUUCUGUCAUCAAACAAUCAGUAGCUCUGGAUUACUUCCCACGAGUUAAAAUAGUUCACACUUCGAAACACAAUGAAGGUGCAGUAUAUUCCCCGGAGACGAAUUACAUCCUAAUGGUUCUUUGUGUUUCUGUCAUUCUAGGCUUCGGUAGUGGAAAAGAAAUCGGAAAUGCCUUUGGUCUAGUGGUUAUCUUUGUCAUGUUCAUCACAACAAUAUUGCUAACUUUGGUGAUGAUCAUCAUUUGGAGAACACCAAUAAUUUUUGCCUUAUUAUACUUCGUAUCAUUCUCAAUUCUAGAGGGAGUCUACAUAAGUUCAGUGCUCAUAAAAUUCACUGAAGGUGGAUGGCUUCCUUUCGCUAUUUCAAUGGUCUUAGCAAUCAUAAUGUUCGGAUGGUACUAUGGAAGACAAAGAAAAUUAGACUAUGAAAGAACAAACAAAAUAACAGUAGACCACCUCAGUGUUCUCUUAUCAAACUCAGAGGUUCAAAGAGUUCCAGGGAUGUGUUUCUUUUACAGCAACAUAGAAGAUGGUCUAACUCCUCUGCUUGGACACUACAUCAAGAAUGGUCACUCAUUGCACAAUGUAGCAAUAAUUGCAACAUUGAAGUGUUUGUUGAUAGCUCAUGUGGAUUCAAGUGAGAGGUUUAGUGUGAAAAAGCUGGGAAUUCCUGGUGUUUAUGGGUGUAUAGUUAAGUAUGGAUAUGCUGAUUUACUUGACAUGCUUGAAGGAGAUGAUUUUGUUACUGCUGUUACAAAGAUCUUGAAAACAUGCAUUGAGGAGAACACUGAUCAGUUGCCAAUUUCAUCAAUUGAAGAAGAGAUUUUACAAUUGGAACAGGCUAAAUCAGUAGGUACAGUGCAUGUUCAAGGGAAGGCAAAGUUUCAUGUGAGUGAAGAUAAUAGCUGGUUCGACAAACUGGUUUUGGGAUUGUAUGAGUUUCUGCAUAAAAACUGUAGGUCUGCGCUGCCUGCUCUAUGGUUUCCGCUUAACCAGAGGAUGGAGAUUGGCAUGCUCUACAAGAUUUGAGGAAAGCCUUAAGCAUCUAAUGACUCAUGCAUUGUUAAUUAGCUUUCUUGGAGGAUCAGUACUUAAGUUUGGUUUGCUUUCAGUUUUAUUUUGUGUUUGAAAUUAGAUAAACAAAUAGUAGGUGAGCUCUCAGUGAUCAUGGAUGUAUGAAUCAAUUUAAUCAGUGAUUAAUGUCAGUUCUAGA